AUGAUCUAUCUGAAGCGUGAUCGUUUACAGUCGGUUCCCUUCACUGGCUCCUAUGUAGAACUGAAGGAACAAAACAAGAUAUCCUCAAGCAUCAAAGACCUCAUCAUUGACAAAACCAAAGCUUGCUGUACAGGUAGUCCAAAAAGGCUGAGUCAGUAUCUUUUUCAUCUUUUCCCAGUACUUGCAUGGCUACCACGUUACAAAGUAAAGGAAUAUCUGCUAGGAGAUAUUGUAUCUGGUAUCAUAGUUGGCAUUGUUACCAUUCCCCAGGCAAUUGCUUACUCUCUGUUGGCAAGUCAGGACCCUAUCUAUGGAUUAUAUAGCAACUUUUUUUGUUGCAUCAUCUACUUCUUCAUGGCCUCCUCUCGUCAUAACUGCGUGGGUACAUUUGGUGUACUUUGUCUUAUGAUCGGAGAGUCUGUCAAUAAGCAUUUGAAAGCUGCGGGUUUUUCAGAAGAGGAAGGACUAACAAUUAUAACAAAUGCAACACUAGCUGUUAAUGGGACUGUGUGCGGGAGAAGCUGCUAUGCAAUUAAAGUGGCCACCACACUAACAUUUAUGGCUGGCAUUUACCAGAUCCUUAUGGGGAUAUUACAGUUAGGUUUCAUAUCCAUGUAUCUCUCAGAACCAUUGCUGAGUGGUUUUGUUACAGGAUCAUCUCUUACGAUUGUAACAUCCCAAAUGAAAUACCUCUUAGGCUUACGUAUCACCCGACGUGAUGGUGCUGGAUCUUUGGUUAUGACUUGGAUUGACGUCUUCUCAAACUUAGGAACAACCAAUAUAUGUGACUUAUUGACAAGUAUUGUUGCACUGGCUGUCAUGAUAACAGUAAAGGAAAUUAAUGAUAGGUUUAAGAGUAAAAUGAAAGUCCCAUUUCCAAUAGAAUUGCUAGUUAUUAUAGUUGCCACACUGGUCUCCCAUUACUUUGAUUUUAGUGGCAACUAUAAAUCAUCUAUAUGUGGGACGAUUCCAACAGGAUUCAAGGCACCUAGAGCACCAGAUUUGAAUCUAGUUCCCAAAGUGGCUACCGAUGCCAUUCCAAUAGCAAUUAUUGGGUUUGCAAUGACAGUAUCUCUUGCUGAAUUAUUUGCCAAAAAACAUGGGUACACAGUCAGUACAAACCAGGAGAUGAUAGCUAUAGGCACGUGUAAUUUUAUCCAAUCUUUUUUUUAUUCUUUUGCUACAUGUGCUGCUCUGGCCAAGACCCUUCUUAAAGAAUCCACAGGAGCCAAUACUCAACUCAAUGGGGUAGUCAGCGCUAUUAUGCUGUUGCUUGUUCUCUUAGCCAUCGCUCCUCUUUUCUACUCUCUUCAAAACUGCAUUUUAGGAGUUAUAACUGUUGUAAGCCUUGGAAGUGCUCUAAGAAAAUUUGCAGACACACCAAAAAUGUGGCGUGUCAGCAAGAUUGACACAGUUGUAUGGUGGGUUAGCAUGUUAGCAUCUUCCUUGAUAUCAACAGAGAUAGGUUUGUUGGUGGGAGUUUGUUUCUCAAUGGUUUGUGUGAUAGUCCAAACUCAAAGGCCUAGGGCUACCCUUUUAGCAAAAGUCAGUGGAACUGAGAUUUAUGAAGAUCAAUUCACCUAUAAAGAGCUCCGCAUUAUACCCAAUAUCAAAAUAUAUCGAUUUGAUGCUGCUCUUUACUAUGCCAACAAAGAUUAUUUUAAGAACAUGCUAUUUAGUAAAACAGGCAUUAACCCAUCUAUGGUGUCUGCAAAACAGCAAAAAGCAAAAAAGGAAAGAGAGAGGGCUGUGGUGAAUGAAGAAACAAAGUAUAGAUGUUUUGCAAAGUUGAACAUUUUAAAAACAGUGUGUAAACCCCAUAAUCCUCCUGAAAACGUUGUCCCUUCAAUCACUAUGCAUACUCUCAUCAUUGAUUGUGGUGCCAUGCAAUUUAUAGACUCUGUUGGCCUUAACGUGCUCAAAGAAAUUCAAACUGAUUAUAAUGAGAUUGGAGUUCAAGUUUUUCUAGCCAAUUGUAAUCCAUCAGUAAGACGUUUACUCCAUAAUGGAGGAUAUUUUAGCAAUACCAGUAAGAACGUAGAGCAGUUUGCUUUUCAUAGUAUUAAUGACGCUGUCAAGUUUUCUGAAAGGGAGUUCCAAGAGAAGAAGAAAAUUAAUGAAACAGAAGAUGAUGUCAUCUCCAGUCAUGACAAUCACACUACUGGUGCAGAUAUUUAA